GUGGUGUUGUGGGUGUAUUAUUUAAACAAAAGCAUUAUGCUUCUGCACUGCUGAACACAUUCAAAAAGCAUGUAAAUGGUUUAAAUAAUAUUAUCAGGGGCUAUGCACUGAUAAAUGGGCUAUCUUUCACAUUUAAAACUCAAAUUGUCAUAAAUAAUGUAAUGUAUAUUACUCACUUUAAUUAGGAAAUUGUUUUCAAAUUAAUUGAAAAAUGAAAAAACAAUUCAGAACUAACAGAACAAAACACUGUACAUUUCCAUAGUGCACAACAAUCACCAAAUAUACAAAUAUAUAAAUAAAUAACUUAUGUAUAGUUAUCAAUAAACAGCACCUCAGAAAAAGCUAACAGUGCCUGCAGAAUGGCAUAACCCUUUUAUCUUAAUUGCAGCCUAUAAAAAUUGCAUGAGCUUGUAUUUAUAAACUGUGUAUAGUGGAAAAUGCUGUCUUGAGCAAAUAAUAGGUUAACAAAGCAUAUGCCUUUCCAUAACACAAAAAAAAAAAAGAUUUCUGUAUGAACCUCUGCAUGUUAUUUUGUGUGUGUGUGUGUGUGUGUGUGUGAAUGAAGUAUCAGAGUGGUAACUAUAGCAAUCAAAUAGGCUACUAAUUUGAUCAUUAAUCAUCCUGGUUUUCUCAGUAUUUGAUUUUCCACAUUGAUGAUGCUCCAUUACAUGGUGUCUUUGGGCCUUAUUAUCUAUGAAGCUUACAACUGAGCUCUUUCAUUGGUAUUGAUGGAUAAAUCCAGCAGGUCUCAGAGGAUUCUGUUCAAAGACUGCAGUGUUUGUGAUAUAUAACGAGGACAUCUAGAAAAUUCAAUAUAUCCUCCCAUAAGAAACACUUCUUAUUAUGGAUUUGGUAUGGCAAAAGUAAAAGUCAGUCAACAUAAAUUAAUCAAUAAAGGAAUUUGAGGCCUCAGAGGAGCAACGGCAUAUUAUGAAAAGAAAUCCUUUGCUGUGAUUUUAGCAAAAGACGAGGCCAAAAAUGUAAUUAGUAAUGGAGGGCGUCGUGUUUCAGAAAUAGCUUUUUCCUGCAUAUUGCAUAUUGCAUUUUGCGCUGGCGUUGCACAUACAGUAAGCAGUUUUGAAUGGGCCCAGCUCAUAACCAUCAGAGGUGUCUCAGUCAUUCUUUUUGUUAGUCCUUGGUGACUUGGUAGCGUGCCAAUCCCAGUCAGAUGAUGCCGUCGGUUGUUAAUGUAGUCUAAAUAAAAGGAUAGCGCCUGAUCAGUAAAGCACACAGACGAGAUUAUGAUGAACUCUAACUCGCUAAGGAGGGUUGAUUGAUGAGCAACACUCAGUGAUUAAAUCUCAUUUCCUUAAUGUCUAAGGAUGAACCGUGCUGGCUCCUUGCUGCCCAUUUAGUGCUACUCAUUGUCUCAGAGAGGGUUAUGGAUUGUGUUUAGUUUUCCUCUCAGAGUCAUUACAAAUAACACUUAAUCCCUGCUCUGUUCCAUCUGCAGGUGUUUAAACAGCCACGCAGACCAAAAAAAGCUGUGUCGGAUGUCUCCUGCGCCAUGAUAUAACAGCUACCGUAACUGAUGCCGAUCCUCAAACGAACUCAUGACGAAUGUCUCAAAUAGGAGCAUAGGCGGAUGCAGCCCAUGAGCAAACACAAUCCAAAAGGACAUCGUCUGCUUCGAAGCGAAAUGAUUAUCUGUCUUCUGAAAUAAUUUACAGAAGGCCGGCUGGAGUGAGUGAUGUUAAAGCAUGACCAAAUUUGAAAGGUUACAGUAUUGACUCUGAAGUUUGAUGCAGGAAAGGAAAACUCUCAACUUUGUUUGCUUACUCAAUGAACUAUGGGCAUGGUAAGACUCAGCAAAGUGUUCCUCUGGCGGAAAUGACCCUUCAUUAGGCAGAAGGAGUUCAUCACGCAUGCAAGUGUGUUUUGCGUCCAUAGCGGGGGUCCCUGGUCCUGUCACGUUGCCCAGAUUUACUGAUUCCGUCAUUGGCGCGGCUUUGGGUUCGAUUGCACUAAAAGGCUCAUCCAGACUAAUGGGGUUCCUAUGUGACGCAAACACUGUCUCUUAGUGGAAAUGGUUUAUUAGGCCUUAGCCAAUAAAAAAGAGGAGUCAGAUGAUGCCUCAAGACAAAGAGUUCUGUAAUUGGUACUGAGAUAGACUGAGAUUGUUAUGGACAUAACCUCUUUGAUUCUGACAAAGGGUCACGUCACCACGGAAACCCAAAUAAGGACAAGAGCAAUGUUGCAAUUGAUCACACACAUUAUUACCGGAUACACAGUGAAAGGGUAUUUGAUUUUGUUUUCCGCUAUCAACAUUUGUACUGCACGUAAUGUAAAAUGGAUUUACGGAAAUGUCACACAUAAUCCAUUUGUUUUUUUCCCCCUCUCUUUUCUUUAAGUAUGUAGCCAUAACAGUUUUGCUUAUGUGCUUUACCCAAGGUUUUCCGAACAGUUAUCAAAGGUAUGAUUUUAGAAAAUUAAAAUUGAUGAAUUAAGCAGGAACUGAAGUAUACAAUCUUAUAUGUGUAAUAGAGCCAUAUCACAUAUGCACAAAGUGGUUGAUAGAUAGAUAGAUAGAUAGAUAGAUAGAUAGAUAGAUAGAUAGAUAGAUAGAUAGAUAGAUAGAUAGAUAGAUAGAUAGAUAGAUAGAUAGAUAGAUAGAUCACAACCAAUAGUUUUGGAUCCAAGACUUAUAUGGUUGGCACUAAGAAUCAUCACAACGGAAAAACAGAUCAUAGACUUUCUUUAAAUAGUUCCCUUACAUUUUUUUUUCAAACAAUAUUGAAUUUUGCUGAUCAUUGGUGAAUUUUUGUGAAUGGAGCAGUUUGUGAUUGAAGAAUGACGUCAUUAGUGUGACACACUCUUUAUCAUUUUCCAGAAGCCCGAGAACAAUCUGGUUGGUUGGAUGAGGGAGCAGUGAGCUCUGGUUGGCUGUCAGAGAAUCAUUAAACGCCCACACUGUCAAUAGAGAGACCCACAUGGUGGGUAUAUAGGCAGGUGUAUUGUAGCUUAAUGCAACAGACUCAAAAUUUCAUUCGAGUUGAAAUAUCCCCUCUAUUUUGGGACGACUCUUUUCUAUACUCCAUCUAUUGCACGAAGCUCAACAUCUCAAGGGGACCAUGGUUAUGUUGAAGAUCUCCGCUUUCCUUGUUGCCUACGCUCUGAUUAUUUGCCAGAUGUACAGCUCUAAUGCAGCUCCUGCCAGGCCUGCACUGGAAUCAUCACCAGAUCGAACUACGCUUACCGACUACGAAGCGAGAAGAUUGCUUCACGCAAUUGUCAAAGAAUUCAUGCAGAUGACCGCAGAGGACAUGGAACAAGAAGCUACUGAGGAAAACAGCCUGGGUAGACCCGUGUCCAAGCGCUGCUCCAGCCUCAGCACUUGCGUGCUGGGGAAACUGUCCCAGGAGCUGCACAAACUGCAGACGUAUCCACGCACCAAUGUAGGAGCGGGUACACCGGGCAAGAAGCGCAGCCUGGAAGAGAGUGAUGUGUUGGCUGGCUACGGAGAGGCGCUCGAUCGUGUCUAAUCGGCAGCGGCUGUAAACCCGUGCUUGGCCCUGAUAUGCGAGUGCAUGUGGAAGUUUGCUUGCCUGAUUGACUUGAAAGAACAUUUUUUUCUACUUUUUUUGGCAGAGUAGCAAAUCUCAGACAGACACUGUUCCACUCAUUUCAUAUAGUCACUGGAUCUAUUUGGGUUAUAUAACUGAUUCAUAAAAUCGGGGAGCUCUCAUUGGUAGAUAGGGUGUAACAACAAGCUUUUUUUAACCCACAGCAAAAUUCCUGUCUUGUAUGAUUUGACUUUGUUCUUGAUCUAAUAAAGAUAUUUUUAGAAGGAGA